UCGUAUCUUCUUUAGAACAGAUCCAACUGCCAACUUAGUUACGUUGUGUUGUGUCACGAUGGGGAAGUUAUAUAGCUGUUAAUUUAUAAAUAACCGGAUUCUUCUAAGCGGAUUCGCUAGCUGUGGGAUACAAAAUGCCAGCUUUCCUAAUUUUUUAAAAGGAAUUUCCCCGAGUUGUGUGACUCGCUGUUAUUACGGAGUAGCUAACACAGAAAGCCUCAUGUUUUCGUCUAGUCAAGAGGAACACUGCGCCCCAUCCAAAGACCCGGUGAAAUACGGGGAGCUAGUAGUUCUGGGGUACAAUGGCUCCCUGCCCAAUGGAGAUCGGGGUAGACGGAAAAGCAGAUUUGCUCUCUACAAGAGGACCAAAGCCAACGGUGUUAAGCCGAGCUCUAUGCACAUCCACAACACACCCCAGGAAAGCAAGGCGGUGAGCAGUAAAGGCCUACACAGCAUCUCCUACACGCUGUCCAGGCACCAGACUGUGGUGGUGGAGUACAGCCAUGAUAAUGACACGGACAUGUUUCAGAUAGGGCGCUCCACAGAGAGUCCCAUAGACUUUGUGGUGACCGACACGAUCUCAGGAGGCCAGGAGGGUGAGGAGAACCCGAUCACACAGAGCACCAUCUCCCGCUUUGCCUGUCGAGUCGUCUGUGAGCGUAACCCGCCCUACACGGCGCGCAUCUUUGCAGCUGGAUUCGACUCCUCUAAGAACAUCUUCCUGGGGGAAAAAGCUGCAAAAUGGAAAAACCCAGAUGGCCACAUGGACGGCCUAACGACUAACGGCGUGCUGGUGAUGCAUCCCAAAGGCGGGUUCACAGAGGAGUCCAAGCCCGGCGUGUGGAGGGAGAUCUCCGUGUGUGGAGAUGUCUACACGCUGAGAGAGACCCGCUCGGCGCAGACCCCCGGAAAACUGGUGGAGAACGAGAGUAACAUCCUACUGGACGGCUCUCUGGUGGAUUUGUGUGGCGCCACCCUGCUGUGGCGCACCGCUGAGGGUCUCUUUCACGCUCCCACCCAGAAGCACCUGGAGGCUCUGAGGCAGGAGAUCAAUGCAGCGCGUCCCCAGUGCCCCGUAGGUCUCAACACCCUGGCAUUCCCCAGCAUGAACCGCACUCGAGCCCUCACGUCUCUGGAGGACAAGCAGCCUUGGGUCUAUUUGGCAUGUGGCCAUGUGCACGGAUACCACAACUGGGGCCACCGCUCCGAGCAGGGGCCCCACACCCAGCGAGAGUGUCCCAUGUGCCGGGUGGUGGGACCCUAUGUCCUGCUGUGUCUGGGCAGCGAGCCAGCUUUCUACGUGGACACCGGAGCGCCCACGCACGCCUUCGUGCCGUGUGGACACGUGUGCUCCGAGAAGUCUGUCAGGUACUGGUCUGAAAUCCCUCUUCCACAUGGCACCCACGCCUUCCACGCCGCCUGCCCGUUCUGCGCCACACAGCUCACCCUCACACAGGGCUGGUCGAAGCUCAUCUUCCAAGGCCCGGUGGACUGAAGCGGGUUCUGCUCAGACUUCCUUGUGCUUUCUUCUGUUUGUGUUAGCCAGCCUUGGAAUGAAAUAAAUCUGUUCACUUACUGUGAAACUGCACAACUAUUA